AUGGCUCAAUCUCCCAUUCAACUGCUCAAAACGGCCUUUGUGAUCUAUCACCAUGUGGAUCUCGCCAAAGCUAAACAAUUCUACCUCGACUUUGGAAUGAAAGUAGCGAAGGAAGAGGCCAACAAGUCAAUAUACUUCAAAGGCUACGGCGUGGAACCUUUUGUUCUGGUCGCCCACCAAUCCGAGACUGGUGAAAGUUGGUUCGGCGGAGCAGCAUAUGUCGUCGACAACAGCUCGGAGCUCGAACGAGCAGCAAGACUCUCAAGCGCCACAGGCCCAAUUCGCGAUCUUGAAGGCCCAGCCGGAGGCAAGGUCGUGACAAUAAAAGACCCCGCUGGCCAUUCCAUACAUCUCAUCCAUGGCUGGCAGGAAAAGUCCAAGGAACCGAUGGCUCUGGAAAAACUUGUUGUUAAUUUCGAGGACGAGAAGCCUCGCAAGGGUCGUUUCCAACGCUUCAAACCCGGUCCUGCUCCGGUUUUCCGAUGGGGACAUUACGGCGUCACAUAUCCUGAAGAAGGGGGAAGUUAUGAGAAGAUGUAUGAUUGGUAUACAUCGAACAUGUCCCUCACCCCCAGUGACAUCGUCUAUCGAGGGGAGAACCCGAUAACCUGCUUCUUCCGCAUCGACCGAGGAGAGGAGUACACGGAUCAUCAUUCAUUCUUCUUCAAAAAGGUCAAGCCGGGUCAGAAAGUAAAUGUUGCGCAUGCAGCAUUUGAGACGCAUGAUUUUGACGUGCAACAUCUGGGGCAUGAGUUUCUUGCUAAGAAGGGAUAUGAGCUUUGUUGGGGUGUGGGAAGGCAUGUUUUGGGAAGUCAAAUUUUUGACUAUUGGUUCGACCCAAGCAAGUUUGUCGUCGAACACUACGCAGAUGGAGAUUUGGUUAAUAAGGAUACGCCCAUUGCAAAAGUUCAAGCAGGACCAGAAGCUUUGGCUGUUUGGGGUCCACCUGUUCCUCCAGUCUUCUGA